UUAAUUCAUAAUAUUGAAAACAGCUCUACCAAACAGGUUAAACAAACCAGAAGUAUGUACAUUUAUUACAUAUAUACGUGUCUUAUUAGGUUAGUGGACGGUGGGGACGUGGCCACUACUCGGGCAGCAACCUGUCAAUCAUAUUCUGUGGCGGGAGCAGAAACGAGUGUGAGUGAGGACGCCUAUGGUUGCCUUACUUUUCAUAUUACUGUUUGACAUCGUGUGUGCGUUUGGACAAAACCACAGUUAACGCAUAGAGGAGCUCACAGAAGUUCACUGACCGCAAUAUAUAAUCUGUGUAAACUGAAAAAAUCGUCUUUUACAUUUAUUGAGUCGGUGUUUUUUUUUCCUCUAGUCGAGUCGACGCCAGUCACCAAACCAAAGAGACACCUGCCGCCGACGACGCAGGCUACUCUGUCUUUUUUUGUAAUCUCUAGCCUCCAUCAACAGUACCAUUCGUACCAUUUGUCUUCUUUCUUCUCAGAAAGGAAUUAUUCAGUAACUUGUUUCAGCAAAUUCCAACAGACCUGCUCAGGAUGCCCUGGAUGCGCGUCUGUCUGCCAGCCAUGGAGUUGCAUUCGGGAAAGCGCGAAGCUCUGUGACUGAACAAACUAGCCGUACUGCGGCACGGCUUCGCGGAAUAAACGCUUUGCGGCUGUUUGUCCACUUGCUGAGUCGCAGGAAUGUUGUAAAAGCCGCGAGUGUCGCGUGGGGCUGGGGGACUGAGAGUCGAAGAAGGCGAAGAGACCACCACAGCAGGUGCGCGUGAACGCAGGAAUAUUAUAAUGGCUCUCGCGGCGGUUUCCCUCUACCUCCUCGCGCUCGCCUGGACGAACUUGCGCCCGGUCCACGGGAACAACCGUCACGCCGUGUACUGGAACAGCUCAAACAUCCACUUGCGGAGAGAGGGCUACACUGUACAGGUCAGUGUCAACGACUACCUGGACAUUUACUGUCCACACUACAACCAGAGCCAGCGGGGGGCGCUAGAGCGCGGUGUGGCCGAGCAGUACGUUCUCUACAUGGUCAGUUACCGAGGCUACCGCACCUGUGACCCACAGAUGGGCUUCAAACGCUGGGAGUGCAACCGGCCGCACGCCCCCCACGCUCCCAUUAAGUUCUCAGAGAAAUUCCAGCGUUACAGCGCCUUCUCGCUGGGCUAUGAAUUCAACGUGGGUCAUGAGUACUACUAUAUAUCUACACCAAUCCAUCACCAUGGACACAGCUGUUUAAGACUGCGGGUGUUUGUCUGCUGUUCUACAGUCUCUAAUGCAGAUGAUGACUCAGACCAGAGUCCACCUGACUACACUGCCAGACCCAAACUGCAUGACAUUGACGAGUUUAACCCUGAGAUCCCUAAACUGGAGAAGAGCGUCAGUGGCAGCAGUCCGUCUGGAGACCGACUGUUAAUCACUGUGGCGACGCUUCUCCUCGCUGCUCUCCUCGUGUCCUAGCAACCGUCUCUCCCUCUCUCUGACAUUUCUGAGCCAGUAGUCCCGAGCUCUCCGAAAAAAGAUCGCCUUUUGUUCAACCUGUGUGGGAGACUAUCCAAUCAGAACAGAUUAACCACUAGUUGAGCCCUGAACGUGGGAGCUAAAUGUAGAUCUACCGCACCCAAAUAGUGGCCUUUGUCUCCACAAUUUUGGACCUUACGAUUAAGGAUGAAAUGCAUCGUAUUUGCCUUUGUGAUGGAAGGUCCACUCUCCUCAAACAUACUUGCAGAGAAAAACAAAAACAAAUCCGGUUUGACAGUGAGGUCUCUACCUCUAGGUACGUCUGUUCUCAUCUUCAGUGAACCCGUCCAGACUGGGGCAGCUCUCGAGGUGGACAUUUUGAGAUUGACAUGAGCUCAAAUGGAUAUGACAAGCAUGAUUGUGCUCAGUGAUUUGACCGCUGGACCUCAGUUGAGGGACUUGAAGAGUUUUGGAGACCUUUGAUCCUGUCUUAACAUUCUGUCACAACCCACACCUAUGUGACUGCAACAUGUGUCAGUCAUUGAUAGUGUUGCAGCAGAAAUCAGUAAAACUCAUUUGCCAGUCACUAAGUUCAGGUGUUAGGCUUAUGAAUCGUUCACUGAAAGGCACAGCUGAUGUUUCUGCUAGUUGCUGGGAUGGAGUCUCAUUUGUGAGCUGUAAUGGGAAACUAGAGGAAGAUUAUGGUUCAGAAACCAUCACUUUUGUUCAUUGUGUAACCAAAAGUGUAUGGUCAUCAUAGCAGUGCACAUAACAAAAGAGAAUCGAGACGGACCAGAUAAGGGUAGCUAAUAGACUUUUAUUUGCUAUAGUAUGUACGUGCAAUCAUGAGAAGGUACUGGAUUGGCCUGUGCCACUGAUUAGCAUAGUGGCCAUUUUUGUAAGAGCAGUCGAGUCAUAAACUGCAAUUCGCUGUUUUAUAUCGAAGAAUUGCAAUGCAGAAUUUGUUUUUACUGUACGAUAGAUAUUUAACUGCUCUUUGAGUAUGUUACUUUAUAUACUUAAUUUAUUGACUUAUUUAUUGAUCAUUUGAUCCUUUUUUGAAACUUUGUGAGUUUUGUCGGCUUUUUUGAGGGAUCUUUCCUCAUCUUUGCUCAUGCCAAAUUAUUUAGUUUGUUUUUGUUUGCUUUUAUUUCUGUUUAUGUGCCAGCAAAUUGAGUCACAACUCAUAGUUGCAGAAAAAAUCUUUAAUUUACAUUUAAAUGUAAUUAUUUAGCAGACGCUUUUAUCCAAAGCGAAUUACAAAUGAGAACAAUAGAAGCAAUCCGACCAACGAGAGAACAACAGCAGUAUACAAGUGCCAUGACAAGUCUCAGUUAUUCUAGCACAGUACACAUAGCUAGGUUUUUUUUUUUUUUUUAAUAGAAUAGAAUACAAAACAAAAGGUAAGGGGCAUCUCAUCCAUUGGUCUAAGUUGAAAUAGGUGCAUUAUCUUCAUAAGGAGAGUCAUUAUUAUAGGACAGUGUGAGAUUGUUGUAAUCUAUAUUGGUGGGCGGGGAUGGGAUGGCUUUUAGGGAGGGGUUUCUUGAAAGGGCGGGGCUUCAGUGCAGUAAUGAAUGAGUUUGAUGAAUAAGCAUUCCUCAGACCGCUGCAGACAAUAUCAAGAGUGAAUGUCUAUCUAAAUGUUUCUGCGUUUGUGUCUUAUGAGUGUGCACUUUACAGGGGAUCAUAUGAAAGUGCGCGUUUUGGCAUUUUCAUAUGCAUUUAGAUACACAUUUGUAGGAAUAGGGCGGGCAGGAACGAAAGCAUUUAUCAUUGUUGGAAACAACAGUACCAAUCGUGUUUACCUUACAGUGAUAACAAACAUGUAAACGAACCCUGAACGACAAUUACCAGAAUGAAACUGAAUAAACCAUUCUUA